AUGGCAAAUCUUUCAAAACUUGAGUUUGAGGCCCUUGAUAUUACUGGAAAAAAUUAUUUGCCUUGGGCUUUGGACGUUGAAAUCCAUUUGGAUGCGGAAGGUAAUGGUGACACGAUCAAAGAAGGAAAUAAUUCAUCAGCUCAACAAAAGGCAAAAGCCAUGAUAUUCCUUCGUCACCAUCUCCAUGGGGAUCUCAAAAUUGAAUAUCUUAUUGUAAAAGAUCCACUUGACCUAUGGAAUAGUUUAAAGGAAAGAUAUGACCAUCAAAAGACUAUAAUUCUUCCAAAUGCUCGUCACGAGUGGUUGCACCUACGCUUACAAGAUUAUAAAACUGUAACGGCGUAUAAUUCUGCGGUAUGCCGCAUCACUUCUCUAUUGAAAUUAUGUGGAGAAAAUGUAAGUGAUCAAGAUAUGCUAGAAAAAACUUUCUCCACAUUUCAUGCUUCCAAUGUGCUAUUGCAGCAACAAUAUAGAGAAAGGGGUUUUACAAAAUACUCUGACUUAAUUGCUUGUCUUUUGCUAGCUGAACAAAACAACGAACUUCUAAUGAAAAACCAUGAAGUUCGACUCACUGGUGCCGCUGCAUUCCCAGAAGUGAAUGUAGCAACACAUGAUCACUAUGGACAAACUCGUGGUCGUGGUCGAGGUCGCGGUCACGGUCGUGGUCGUGGUCGUGGACAAGGUCGUGGCCGUGGUACUAGUCAUGGCCAUGUUAAUUUCAAAAACCCUGCUUCACACCAGAAGUGGAAGAAUGAAAAACAUGAAAAAGGAAAAGGUGGGCAAAAUAGCAAAACUAUUGAAAGCAAUUGUCGUCGUUGUGGAAGUAAGGGUCAUUGGUCCCGUAACUGCACUACACCAAAGCAUCUUGUUGACCUUUAUCAUCAAUCACUGAAAAAUAAAGGAAAAAAUAUUGAGACUCAUUUUGCUUAUGAAGAUGGUGACUUCGAUUAUGAUAUGGAUCCUGCUCAUUUAGAUCUUGCUGAUUUCUUUGCGGAUCCAGAGAAAAAAAUUGAUCAUCUUAAUGGAGAAGGAAGCACCAUGAAAUAG